AUGGACCACUUUCCAGGAACUUGGGGCCGUCCUAGAAAUGAUGUUUACGGAGCUUACAACCCAUCAUAUCUUCAGACUACGGGUCCGAAGGCACAUACAUCAUCGCCAGCCGUGACAGGAACAUCAGUAAUUGGUGUCAAGUUUAACGGCGGUGUCGUUCUGGCCACCGACAACCUAGCAUCAUACGGAUCUCUGGCACGCUUCACCGAUGUCAAGCGUCUGCGAGUUUUCGGCGACAAGGCUGUUGUCGGCUUCGGUGGAGAUGUCUCCGACAUGCAACACAUUGACCGUCUACUCGAAUCGAUCGAUAUCCGAGAGAACUACUCGAAUCACGGCAACAUGCUUAACGCCAAGAACCUGCACACCUACCUCGCCAAGGUCUUCUAUAAACGGCGGUCUGAUUUCAACCCGCUGUGGAACCAUGUUCUCGUUGCCGGGUUCGACGCCGAAGGAAAUCCAUUCCUUAGCUCAGCGGAUUUGCUGGGAACAACAUUUUCCGGUCCUCACCUAGCCACCGGAUUUGGUGCCCACCUCGCCGUCCCGAUCCUGCGGCGCUUGUUUCCCGAGGAGAAGCCGAUCGAAGAGAUUACCAAGGAGCAGGCUGUUGCCGCUCUGAAGGACUGCCUGAAGGUUCUCUUCUACCGAGACGCACGCAGCACGGACAAAUAUUCGAUAGCAGUGAUUUCUCAGGAUGGUAUUGAGUUGCACGAGGAUGAGCAGAUCGAAAGUCAGAGCUGGGCUUUUGCCGAGCGGAUCAAGGGUUAUGGUGCUCAGACAAACUAG